AUGGCUCAAUCUAAUAAAGAACUGGCAUGUCUAAUUGUUGACUAUCUGUCGCGCGUUUCUGAGACUAAACAAGUUUCUGAGGAGUACAUUGACUCCCUAAAUGUAGCGGUGGACUGCAUCACUGAAGCAUUCGAAUUGGAACAGUCCUCCGUCGGCAGCACUUUGAAAAAUGCUUUCGAAGGGCGUAAACUGGAGCAAAUCGUGGGAUCGUCCGUUGGAAACGCCACUGAAAGCGCUAGUCCCUCUGCUUCUACUAUUGUUCCAGAAGCCGUUAAAGUUAAUAUUCCACCUCAGGACGCCGCAACCAAGGCCAAAGCUGAGACUCUGAAACUUGAAGGUAACAAAGCCAUGGCUGCCAAAGACUUUGAGUUGGCGGUGCAAAAGUAUUCGGAAGCUAUCGAAGUCUUGCCUUCUAACGCCGUUUACUACGCCAACAGAGCCGCAGCUCACUCCUCAUUGAAAAAGUACCAGGAAGCGGUGCAGGACGCCGACUCUGCCAUCAGAGUGAAUCCUUCUUACUCGAAGGGCUAUUCUAGAUUGGGGUUUGCUCAGUACGCCUUAGGCAAGCCAGAAGAGGCCUUGGACGCUUACAAAAAAGUUCUUGAUAUCGAAGGCGAGAACGCAACAGACGCUAUGAAAAGAGAUUAUGACACUGCCAUGAAGAAAGUAGAACAAUCUCUACACUUGGAGAAGAGUUCGCCAGCUUCUUCAAGCGUUGAUAAUGCAGGCACACCAGCUGGCGGUGCUGGCGGCGCAGGCGGGUUCCCAGAUAUUUCCUCAAUGUUGAGUGGUGGUCUAGGCGGUUUGCUGAACAACCCUCAAGUCAUGCAAGCUGCUCAGCAAAUGAUGCAAAACCCUGGGGCCCUAGGUGACAUGAUGAACAACCCUGCCAUCAAACAAAUGGCUGAAAAAUUUCAAUCUGGUAACGGCACUCCAAAUAUGGCUGACAUGAUGAAAGACCCAGCCUUAAUGGAUAUGGCAAAAAACAUGUUCGGCGGUGGCGCAAAAGAAUAA